AUUCCAGGCUUAGAGAAGGCCUGAGGACAAAAGGGAAAUAACUGCGACAUUACCCACAACCUUGAUGCCAGACAACCAUGAAGGCCACGCAAGCUCUGUCCCGUUGAGUUGGGGCAGCGCCUCUGACAACUGGCACGUCUCAGCUUCCUCUGGCACCAGGGCCUUUAAAAAGAUAAAGCUGAGUCACCACAUCAGGGAAGUCUUUCUCCUCUCUUCGACUCUAGGGUGCGGCCAUGUACCCAAACGGAAACAAACUCCAAGGCAAGCCGCGCCGUAAACAGCAAGCUGCCGGCGCUGCAGAGACGGCUGCACGAACCAAUGGCUUCCUGCUACGUCACAGAGCCCGCCUCCGCCACGCAGAGCUGACCCGGAGCUUAACUCGCGGCGCGGGCUUCUGGCGUCACUUCCUCUAAAGGCAUGGCGGCACAGGGAGCGGCGGCGGCGGUUGCGGCGGCGACUUCAGGGAUCGCGGGAGAGGGCGAGCCCGGGCCCGGGGAGAAUGCGGCAGUCGAGGGGACUGCUCCGUCCCCGGGCCGCGUCUCUCCGCCGACCCCGGCGCGCGGCGAACCGGAAGUCACCGUGGAGAUCGGAGAAACGUACCUGUGUCGGCGGCCGGAUAGCACCUGGCAUUCUGCUGAAGUGAUCCAGUCUCGAGUGAAUGACCAGGAGGGCCGAGAGGAAUUCUAUGUACACUACGUGGGCUUUAACCGACGACUGGAUGAAUGGGUCGACAAAAACCGGCUGGCGCUGACCAAGACAGUGAAGGAUGCUGUGCAGAAGAACUCCGAGAAGUACCUGAGUGAGCUGGCCGAGCAGCCGGAGCGCAAGAUCACUCGCAACCAAAAGCGCAAGCAUGAUGAGAUCAACCACGUGCAGAAGACCUAUGCAGAGAUGGACCCCACGACGGCAGCCUUGGAGAAGGAACAUGAGGCGAUCACGAAGGUGAAGUACGUGGACAAGAUCCACAUCGGGAACUAUGAAAUUGAUGCCUGGUACUUCUCACCUUUCCCAGAAGACUAUGGGAAACAGCCCAAGCUCUGGCUCUGCGAGUACUGCCUCAAGUACAUGAAAUACGAGAAGAGCUACCGCUUCCACUUGGGCCAGUGUCAAUGGCGGCAGCCCCCAGGGAAGGAGAUCUAUCGCAAGAGCAACAUCUCCGUGUACGAGGUAGAUGGCAAAGACCACAAGAUUUACUGUCAAAACCUCUGUCUGCUGGCCAAGCUUUUCCUGGACCACAAGACAUUGUACUUCGACGUGGAGCCCUUCGUCUUUUACAUCCUAACUGAGGUGGACAGGCAGGGGGCCCACAUCGUCGGCUACUUCUCCAAGGAGAAGGAAUCGCCGGACGGGAACAACGUGGCCUGUAUCCUGACCCUGCCCCCCUACCAGCGGCGUGGCUAUGGAAAGUUCCUCAUCGCUUUCAGUUAUGAGCUAUCCAAGCUGGAAAGCACGGUAGGCUCCCCAGAGAAGCCGCUGUCUGACCUGGGUAAGCUCAGCUACCGCAGCUACUGGUCCUGGGUCCUGCUGGAGAUUCUCCGAGACUUCCGGGGCACCCUGUCCAUCAAGGACCUUAGCCAGAUGACCAGCAUUACGCAGAACGACAUCAUCAGCACGCUGCAGUCUCUCAACAUGGUCAAGUACUGGAAGGGUCAGCAUGUGAUCUGCGUCACACCCAAACUGGUGGAGGAGCACCUCAAAAGUGCCCAGUAUAAGAAACCACCCAUCACAGUGGACUCUGUCUGUCUCAAGUGGGCACCCCCCAAGCACAAACAAGUCAAACUCUCCAAGAAGUGAGUGGCCUGUGCCUGCUGCCGGACCCCUGCCUCCUUGCCCCCAGCCUGUAAAUAUGUACAGACCUGUUGUCCCUGUCAUUUUUUUUUUUUUUUUUUUUUAAAUAAAGAAAACU